GUUGGGAAAGGCGGCGCCUCCCCUUCGCUGGAAGAGCGGAAUUCGGAGUGUCGGGAGCCGCCAUGCGGAGCCGUGGAGGAAGCCACCCCGUCGGGGAUCCCAGGCUGAAGCAGCGAGUGAAGCAGUACCUGAACAGUAAUAAAUGUGGCCAGUAUGUCGACAUUGGAAUUUUGGCAGCAGAUCUACAGAAAACAUAUAGUGCUGAUUAUGGACGAAGAAAAAGAAAUGCUUUUAGAAUACAGGUUGAGAAAGUUUUUGGGAUAAUCAAUGACGAGCUAAAGUCAGAGGAUUUUUCAGUUCUGGAGGAUGAACAUUUGGCAAAGAAACAAAGACGCAAAAGGGAGGAAGAGGAUUCAGAAAGCUGCAUGGAUACCUCAGACACUGACACAGACCUCCCACCUUCAAAUCAUAUGAACACGUCUUUGUUGACGUUAUACCGGAAAGGAAAUCCAGAUUCUCUUCCAGCAUCUCCUAAGAAUGUGGUGACCAAGUCUGACACUCCUUCACAAAUGAUAAUACCUGGAUCAGAUAUGGUUCCUCCUCAAGUACCACCUGAUACCAGGAUUUCAGAAGGUGGAUGGUUUAUUGAUAAAAACCCAGGCAGAAAGGAAGAAAACUUUUUUAUUGAUCUUUGUGCAGAAGAAGAGAGUGAUGGUGUUAAGCAGAUAGCUGAGAAUGCAAAAGAUAUUUCCUUUCUGGAGACGUCAAGAAGGAAACACAAGAGCAAAAGAUGUAAAAGGAGGAAAGGAGAAUCUCAAGAUGUAGACGAAGAAAUAGAAUCUGCUUUGAGGAAGCAGAAAGUUAAACAGAAAGGAGUGGAACUGCGGACCUCUUCGGUGAAGUUUGAGGAUGUGGGAGGCAAUGAUGAGACGUUGAAGGAAGUAUGCAAGAUGCUGAUACAUAUCCGUCAUCCUGAAGUGUACGAUCAUUUAGGAGCUGUUCCACCUCGAGGAUUUCUCUUACAUGGACCACCAGGAUGUGGAAAGACAUUACUAGCACAGGCAAUAGCUGGGGAACUUGAACUACCAAUACUCAAAGUAGCUGCAACUGAGAUUGUAUCUGGAGUGUCAGGAGAAUCAGAACAGAAACUGAGGGAACUGUUUGAUCAAGCUGUGGCCAAUGCCCCAUGCCUUCUCUUCAUCGAUGAGAUUGAUGCAAUCACACCCAAGAGAGAAGUGGCCUCAAAGGACAUGGAACGGAGAAUUGUAGCCCAGCUUCUAACUUGCAUGGACGACUUGAAUAAUCUAGCUACUGCUGCUCAGGUCCUAGUAAUUGGAGCCACCAACAGGCCAGACUCACUGGACCCGGCCCUCAGACGUGCAGGAAGAUUUGACCGAGAGAUUUGUUUGGGGAUUCCAGAUGAAGCCGCCAGAGAAAAAAUUCUGAAGACACUGUGUCGAAAACUUAAACUUCGAGAAUCUUUUGACUUUGGCUACUUGGCUCAUAUGACCCCGGGCUAUGUUGGAGCUGAUCUUAUGGCACUUUGCCGGGAGGCAGCCAUGUGCACGGUGAACAGAGUCCUUGUUAAACUGGAUCAGGAGAAACCUGAAGUCAGGAGAAGUGAAGGAACAUGUGGAGAAGAUAUGGAAAAGAGUAUAGAAGAACUUGUAAAAAAAAAUCCUGAAGAGCCGGAUCUUCCCACUGAAGAUGAAUUACAGAGAUUGCUUCAGUUGCUAAAGGAACCUGAUCCCCUGGGGGAGGAGCAUCUGCAAAAGCUCUGCAUUGAGUUGAAUGAUUUCAUCGUUGCCCUCUCUACAGUGCAACCCUCAGCCAAGAGAGAAGGCUUUGUCACAGUCCCUGAUGUGACGUGGGCAGAUAUUGGAGCCCUGGAGGAUGUUCGGGAGGAGCUCACCAUGGCAAUAUUGGCACCCGUGCGGAAUCCUGAGCAAUUCAGAGCCCUUGGCCUCACAGCUCCAGCCGGCAUGCUGCUUGCUGGCCCUCCUGGUUGUGGCAAAACUCUACUUGCUAAGGCUGUGGCAAAUGAGUCUGGGCUGAAUUUCAUUUCAGUGAAAGGCCCUGAGCUGUUGAAUAUGUAUGUGGGAGAAAGUGAGCGUGCAGUACGUCAGGUUUUCCAGCGUGCGAGGAAUUCAGCACCUUGUGUUAUAUUCUUUGAUGAAGUUGAUGCUUUAUGUCCUCGGAGAUCAGAUCGUGAGUCAGGUGCCAGCAUUCGUGUAGUGAACCAGUUGCUAACAGAGAUGGAUGGCCUGGAAUCUCGUCGUCAGGUUUUCAUUAUGGCAGCCACCAACAGGCCAGAUAUUAUAGACCCAGCUAUUUUGCGCCCAGGAAGAUUGGAUAAAACACUGUAUGUGGGUUUGCCGCCACCUAUGGAUCGCCUUGCCAUUUUAAAGACUAUCACAAAAGAUGGAACCAGGCCGCCACUUGAUACUGAUGUGGACCUAAAAGAAAUUGCUCAUCAUCCCUGUUGCGAUUGUUACACUGGGGCAGAUCUUUCAGCUCUGGUACGGGAGGCUUCUGUUUGUGCCCUGAAACAGGAAAUGGCGGCGCUCAAUACCACAAACAAGCAAGGAGGUAUCAAGAUUGCCAGAAAACACUUUGAAGAAGCUUUCAAGAAAGUGAAAUCUUCUAUAUCCAAAAAGGACCAAAUAAUGUAUGAAGAGCUGCGCCAGUCAUUGAGCAGGUAACAGCAAGAUGGCAUCCAAGACCAGCAUGUUGACUACCAAGAGGAGUUCUCCUGCUCUGGACUGUUUCCUAGAAGCCCUUCUCUGGAGCAGAACUUUGCCCCCAGUUUCGUUUGACUGUGAAUCUCAGAAUUGUUGGGCUCCUUUCCUAAAACAUUUGGCCCCCAUUGGCUGUGCUGAAAAUAGACACUCCCACUCCCUUCACCGUUUGAAUGUUAAAACUCUUCCAUCUUGGUGCGUUGACUAAUUUGAGCCUCUCAGUGUCCCAUCUAUAAAUGGAGGCUUUUAAUACAUAAAGAAGCAAUAUUAAAUAAAUCCUUCAUAGAUGUCUAGCUCUGGGCUCACCUUUAUAUCAUGCAAAGGAGAGCAGGCAAAUGAAUGAUUCAAGUAAUGUUGCAGAAGAAAUGGUAAAGCUGUGUUUUAGACUAUACCUCUUAACCUUCCAGGUUCACAUAACUGAAUCCUUACAAAGCAUUCCCUGUACAUAGGAAACUAAACGUCAGGGGCAAGUGUUCUAGCCGUCUCCCUGGCAUGCUAGUUUUCUAUGGGUUGGAUCCAGAUUUAGGCACGUGCAACUGGGCCUCCUCCUCUCAACAGCAGACCCUCCAUCCUCCUGAAAAUGUUACAAAAGAGGGUUGGGAUGCUUCAAAAUGAGCUGAUGUGUGUGUGUGUGUGUGUGUUCCCCCCCCCCCUUCCCAUGAAAAUUGGGCAUAGGCAGAUUCUGGAUCCAACAAUAUGUGUAAAAAUCUUGGUUGGAGGGAUAGGGCAGAGAAGAAGUGUUCCAUCAGGUAAACCGUCACCUGUAGUCUCAGCUUGUAAAGUUGAGCCAAAGAUUUACUGCCUCACUUUUUGUUUCUGGAAAGUAGGCUGUAGCAGGAUGGGAAGUCAUGGGCUAUUUUAAGGGUAGGGAGGCAUAACAUCAUUUGACGAAACCUGUAUGUUUCCCUUCAAAAUACAAUGUUUCUCACUUUGCAAAUUCACAGAGCAAAAUAAAAGUUGUUCAAGAAUG